AUGAGCUACCCUGUCCCACCUCCAGAGAAGCAGUUCCCCUUGAGGAACUACAAGGCAAACAAUCCCAAGUUUUUCGACCAGGGUAUAUUGUUGGCCACCAACACUUCUCCCAAGUCCAUUUUGGCGUCAUGUUCUUCAUCGUCGAGUGCCAGUUCUGCGGCAUCUUCUAGGUCGAACUCCCCUACGAACGUUACUGGCGAUGAACGCCCACAAACACCUGCCACGCCGGUAAUUUCCACAGACAAGCUUCCUUCCACGAAGGCAUGUCCCACGACGCCACCCAGGAUCGUUCAUCCAAAGCCCCAGUCCCUUCAAAGGGUCCCAAAAGGAAACUGCCCGGCUUCAACUCCAGCUGCUUUAGUUCAAAGUUUACCCACUGCAGGAUCAGGGGACUUUGACUACCAAGAAGAGUACCUCACAUUUUUGGAACCCUCACCAGUAUCACCACCUUCAUAUGACACUUUACCUCCCGGUGGCUGUCCUAAAUAUCCAGUCAUGUCUCCUCUCUCGCAUGAAAUUAGUGUUGAUGAACCAAUACCCGAGUACUCGCCAACUAUUUAUAAGAUUGGGCUCGUUUCUCGUAAAUCCGAAUGGAUCUCGCCCUACGAACCCUCUACAGGCAGAUCAUGGAAGAAUAUGAUCAUUGAGUUGAACUCCACUCAAUUAAAUUUUUACAGCAUACCGGCUCAUAUGGAAGCACAUGUCAUACAGUUCUGGAAUUGGUCUAACUCAUCUCCUGAACUGUCAGGAUAUUCUCCAUAUCUGGAGAAUGAGCCUACCUGUCCAAAGAACGACGCAACUGAAUUCACACUCAGAUCUGACUUAACAUUGGACCAAGAUCUCGAGUUUUAUAGAUUUCUUUCGAGACUUGGAAUAACUUCGUCUGCUUCUCCUACGAACAAAAAUUUGUUCAGAACUUAUACUUUGCAACAUUCUAGGCUCGGGUUAGCUACCGACUAUAAGAAGAAGCAGAAUGUCAUGCGCAUUAGAGUGGAAAGUGAACAGUUAUUAUUGGAAUUCCCAGACACCAAAUCAUUGAUUGAUUGGAACUUUGCUUUAGGAAUCGGGAAAGACGUUGCGAUUGACAUUCAAGAUCGCGAGAUCCCCAAGUAUAGAACGGUACCAAGAAGAAGGAGACAUAGAGACAGAGAGAGAAGAAAUACCACGUCAAAUGAUGGAAGAACUGAAUUCUUUCCAGCUAGUGCUGGAAGAGACCAGCUGAAUUUGAACGUAGGUGCAUUGAGCACUGGCCGUAAAAGAGCGCAGUCUGAGUCAUUGAUGACUAACGGAGAAAAUUCCAUUAAAAGUCGUUUAAUCAAGAUCAAGUCGAGGUUUUCUUUGUCACUGUCAUCAUCUCCCUCAAACAGUAAUGCCAGCAUUAGUGCCAGUAGUUCUUUCUCUACGAUUUCAAGUCUUGUGGAUACAUUACCAGAAAUAGAAAGAGAAAGGCAGUCAGACGUUGGCAGGCCAACGUUUAGCGUAGACUACGAUGAUGUACUUGAUGAAACAGAUGAAGGAGGUGACGAUAGUGAAGUCAUGGAAAAUGAGUAUGGAAACGAAUUAGGUGAUGAAGACUUGGAUGAAGAUGAUGAAUUGGUGGAUGAAAAUGGAGACUUAGGUGAUGAUUCCGAGGAGAACAUUGACUUAGAUGAUUAUAAGGAAGAAAUCGAGAAUCCAAACAUGGGUGAAGGCUUACAGUUGUCGCCCAACUCUCCUUCUUCACCCCAAGGCAUAAUAAAUGCACCUUCAACCUUGACAGGCUCCUCUAAGAAGUGGAAUCCACUUGCGAAGUCUAAGCAACCUUCAUUAUCUAAACAUUACAAGAACUGUAUUCGUUGUAUCAAGCCAUUGACUGCUGAGGAUUUAUGGGUAGGUAAGGUUUUAGUUAAACCCACAACUUUAUCUCCUUUGAAUAUGUCAUAUUUGAGGAACAUAAAGUACGGUAACUCGUCUUCCAGUAAAUUGUCGCCAAGUUCAAGUUCUACAUCAUUAGUAAGUCUUUCAUCAGGUUCUACUGGAGUAAUGGGCGGAGGAUAUAGAAAGAGAAGCUUUUCCAUCAAGGAUAUACCACAUUUUGAUGCUUCUUUACCCCGUACUCCAAACCAUUUUUUGAAGGAAUUUACAGUUGGUAGCCAUGGAUUGAUUCCAAAGACAGUUUAA